CAGAGAUCAACGGUGCACACGCGCAAAGCUCUCUUUCUAUAUCUUUCUAUACUGGUAUCUGAGAUUUUACCCACUGGAUACCAGGAAUACACACACAGUGUAGUUGGGUGACGAUUUGGCUGUGCUCAGCUUCUGCCAUAUACUCAUUCAUCACGUACAAUACACGUUACUGCGUUUGCCAGUAAAGGAGAAACAUUAUAAGGAUAUCUGAGAAAUUCGCUUGCUGAACAAGACUAUGUCUGAUAAGACCAAGAACCAGACCUCAGACCUUCCUGAUGCACACAGAGAUGAAGAUUACUCUGAUGUAGUGAAAGAUGAGAUAACAGAAGAUCUGUAUUUGACGUGUCAUUUGGAAGACCCAGAUGAGGAAACCAGUGACAGUAUCAGCUCAGACGGAGAUAACACUGAUGUAGUGAAAUUUGUCAUAACAGAAGAUCUAUGUGAGAGGCAACAGCUGGGAGCAAAAGAUGAGGAGACCAGAGGCGACAUAAGACAUGACGAAGAUAACGCUGAUGUAGUGAAAUUUGUCAUAACAGAAGAUCUAUGUGAGAGGCAACAGCUGGGAGCAACAGAUGAGGAGACCAAAGACGACAUCAAUCCAGGCACAGAUAACGCUGAUGUAGUGAAAGUUGAGAUAACAGAAGAUCAAGUGAAGAUUGAGGAGGAUGAAGUUCCUAUAAAUACGGCUACAGGCUCAGAUAACGCUGAUGUAGUGAAAGUUGAGAUAACAGAAGAUCAGGUGAAGAUUGAGGAGGAUGAAGUUCCUAUAAAUACAGGUGAAUUUAAAAACUGCAGUAAUCCUAGUCAUGGUGAAAGUACAGAUACUUGUGUCAAUCUUCUUCAAAAUCAAAGAAGCUGUGUGGAAAAUGUAUGCUCUGAAUAUCGGGAAGGUUUUACCGGGAAAUCAAAUAUUUUAAGACCUCAGAAAAGUCAUACAGGGAAGAAAGCAAUUUCAUGUUCUGACUGUGGAAAAUGUUUUACUGAGAAAUUAUGUCUUAGUAGACAUCAGAAAAUUCAUUCAGGACAGAAAGCAUUUUCAUGUUCUGACUGUGGAAAAUGUUUUACUGAUAAAUCAAAUCUUAUUAGUCAUCAGAAAAGUCAUACAGGGAAGAAAGCAUUUUCAUGUUCUGACUGUGGAAAAUGUUUUACUGAGAAAUUAAGUCUUAGUCGACAUCAGAAAAAUCAUUCACGACAGAAAGCAUUUUCAUGUUCUGACUGUGGAAAAUGUUUUACUGAGAAUUCAAAGCUUACUAAACAUCAGAAAAUUCAUUCAGGAGAGAAAGCAUUUUUAUGUUCUAAUUGUGGGAAAGGUUUCACUGAGAAAGGAAAUCUUAUUAAGCAUGAGAAAAUUCAUACAGGAGAGAAAGCAUUUUCGUGUUCUAAUUGUGGGAAAUGUUUUACUGAGAAAUCAACUCUUGUUAAGCAUCAGAAAAUUCAUACAGGAGAGAAAGCAUAUUUAUGUUCUGAAUGUGGGAAAUGUUUUGCUCAGAAGCCACAUCUUAUUUCGCAUCAGAAAACUCAUACAGGUGAAAAAGCAUUUUCAUGUUUUGAAUGUAGCAAAUGUUUUGCUAGCAAACACCAUCUUAUUAAGCAUCAGACAACUCAUACAGGUGAGAAAGCAUUUUCAUGUUCUGAAUGUGGAAAAUGUUUUACUCGGAAAGAUACUCUUAAAAAGCAUAAGAAAAUGCAUACAGGGGAAAAAGGUUUUCUGUGUUCUCAAUGUGGGAAAUGUUAUUCUCGGAAAACAGAUCUUAAUAAUCAUAAGAAAAUUCAUAUUAAAAGAAAUCUGGAAGAUCAGAGUAUGACUCCUUAAAGGUACAGUGUACACUAAUAAUCCCCCCUUUAAUGUUUUCCCAAUUAUCCAUUUUACCUACUUGAGUGUUUUUAAAUUUUGUACAAAUAGCUUUUAUCCUUUUUCUAGUUCGAAAUAGCUGAUUUUGCCUAUUGUUUCCCCACCUAUACUAAACAUUUCUGAACUUAAAGGAGCAGUGUACACCAAUUUUCAUAUAACUGCAUGUAAUAGACACUACUAUAAAGAAUAAUAUGCACAGAUACUGAUAUAAAAAUUCAGUAUGAAACCAUUUAAAAACUUACUUAGAAGCUCCCAGUUAAACUCUGUUGAAAAGGUUAGCUGGAACACCCACUGAAAGUGGUUUUAUACCAACAAGAGAAGACACUCCCCCCCCCCCUUCCUCUGCAUAUGAAAAGACUCAACACAAACAGGAGCAAGCUGGAGUAGGUAUACAUCAGUAUACUUCUACAAAGUUGGGCUUGGUUAGGAGUCAGAAAGUCAGUGCAAUGUUUUUUAAAAAUAAGCAAAACUAUACUAUAAAAAAAACCUGCUAUAUAAAUUGAUCAUCUACAAAACAUUUAUGCAAGAAAAAUCUCGUGUAUAAUGUCCCUUUUAAGAUCUGGUUACAAAAAAAAACAUGUAAACAAAAAGGUAUAGAUAAAAUAAUGCACUCAGUUUGUGUCUAUGAUAGAGACAUUAAAAUGUUAAUUCUUCAUUGUUUUCUUUACCUACUGGCCUUUGGGUAAACAGUAAAAAGAUAAAGGAGGGCUUGUGUAAAUAGACAAAUAAUGAGGUUUGCUUUCCCUGAUAACUCAACCCAUUUUAUUGGGUUGUGGUUUCAAUUAGCAGAAGCAGACAAUUUAUGUAUAAAAUUAUAACUAAAAGUGCAAUUUCCCAUACAUUUUAACGCUGCAGCUGGUAUGACAAGUCAUUGUAAACAUGUUAAGCAGAAACCAAUUUUACAGUACACUGUCCCUUAAAGUGCCAUAAAACAUUUUGAGUUAUGUACAUAUUAUAAAAGGGUGAACUGAGGUAAUACAGUAUGUGAAAAAGUGUAAAAAAUAUUCUUAUUAGCAUUGUAAUAAAAUUUCCAAAAAUCUGCAAAA